CUUGUGGGGUUUCCCUUCUUUUGAUAAAAAAAAAAUAUAUUAUUUUUUUAAAAGAAAUAAACAAAUAAAGAAUUAAGCAUUAUAGUCCUAUUCCUUUAAAAGAAUAUGCAUAAAAAUAAAAAGUAGAAAAGACUCUGGCUGGCCAAAACAACCUAAUCCUAACUCAUCCAUUCCAUGAUUCAACAUAAAGUAACUCCAUCAUUCAUCAGUAUCACUUGCAUCUUUUCCCUCUACCUGAUCUCUCCCUCCUUAAACUCAGUGUAACUAAUCCAUGAGCAAAUAUCAGGUGUUCUUCGUCUCCACUCCUGGAAUUGGAAACCUAGUUCCCACUGUUGAAUUCGCCCAGCGUCUGAUUCAUCAUGACCCUAGAAUCUCCUCCACCAUAUUCAUCAUUUCUUUAUCCCAAAGACCCAUCGUCAACUCCUACAUCCAAUCACGUGCCUCUACAUACUCCGGUGUCAAUUUCAUCCACCUCCCUCCUGUAGACACACCUUCACCCGAUCAGUACCAAUCAUCACUAGGUUACUUAUCACUCUUAAUCCAAAAACACAAGCUACAUGUAAAGCAUGAAAUUGAUAAACUCCAACGAACCGAGUCUGACUCAGCUCGAGUUUGUGGAUUGUUAGUUGAUAUGUUCUCUACUUCUAUGAUUGAUGUUGCUAAUGAGCUUAACAUUCCUUGUUAUCUCUACUAUGCUUCUCCAGUUAGUUUCUUGGGUUUUAUGUUACAUUUGCCAGUUAUAGACACUCAACUCGCUACUGAGUUCAUUGACUCGGAUAAUGAGAUGAUUGUACCUAAAGAUGCUGCAACUGAGUUGAUAAUACCGGGUUUUGCCAAUCCCUUGCCUCCAAAAGUACUGCCUAGUUCAGUUUUGAAAAGGAAGAAAGAUGGGUAUUCUUGGUUUUUAUACCAUGCACGCAGGUACGUGGAAACGAAGGGUGUGGUCGUAAAUACAUAUCGAGAGCUGGAACAGUAUGCGAUUAACUCAGUUGCAGCAACUACUAAAGUGCCGGAGGUCUUCCCAGUCGGACCCGUUCUUGACCUUGCAGGUCCAAUCGAAUGGCAUCCGGACCGGGACCAACAACACAAUAUAAUGAAAUGGCUUGAUGAUCAGCCUAGGUCGUCGGUGGUGUUCUUGUGCUUUGGGAGCAUGGGCAGUCUUGGUAGAUCACAGUUGCGAGAGAUAGCGUUUGGGCUCGAGCGGUCCGGCUUUCGGUUCUUGUGGUCCAUCCGUGAACCACCCAAGGGAAGUCUGGACCUUCCAAGUGAUUAUGCAAAUGCGGAAGAGAUACUACCAGAAGGAUUUCUUGAUCGGACGGCUGAGAUUGGUUUGAUUUGUGGAUGGGUCCCGCAAGUGACAAUCUUGGCCAAUGAAGCGAUAGGGGGGUUUGUGUCGCACUGCGGCUGGAAUUCAAUACUUGAGAGCCUUUGGUAUGGUGUACCGAUUGCCACGUGGCCAAUUUAUGCGGAGCAACAGAUGAAUGCAUUCCAAUUAGUUAAAGAGUUGGGAUUAGCGGUUGAGAUCAGAGUGGAUUUUAGGAAUGAAAGUGGUGAUCUGGUGCUAGCAGAGGAAGUGGAGAGGGGGAUAAAGAGAUUGAUGGACGGUGAUGACGAGGUGAGGAGGAAGGUUAAGGAGAUGAGUAAAAAAAGUAAGAUGGCUGUGAUGGAAAAUGGAUCAUCAUAUGCUUCUUUAAAAUCUUUGAUUGAGAAGUUAACGGCUGAGAUUUGACAAGAUAGAGUUCCAACGUUAAUGAAAAACUUAUAAUUUUUUCUGGUGGAUGUCUAAAUGUAGCUCUUUCUUCCUUUAUUUUUCAACUUCAUAUUCUAGAUUUUGCAGAAUUUUUGUACUCAUGAAUUUCUAUUUUAAGUCUUUUCAGUA